GUGGUAAUAAGAAGUCUGAAAGGGUCUGAACCCAGAAAGUUGCCUCAUUUUACUGAAAGACUGAAAAGGAGCACCUAGAAAAACCAAAUGAGAUGAAGACCAAUUGUUCAAGACUCUGUACAUACACUAGUAAGAGAUGUUACUUGCCAUAAAGAGCUUACAACUAAGUAGACAAAAACAAAAGAUCGGGAGGAGAAAGAAGAGCACAGACCGGUGGAGUGACUUGCUUACAGACAUACUGCAGGGCAUUUUCCUGUGCUGUGCUGUUCUUCAGAGAAGCAUAGACAUGGAUUUCAGGACAGGUGCUAACAAGAUAAAUGAACGGGUCCAUCUUGAACCUUCCCAGCUGAGAGAGAAACAUAUCUCUAGCUUUCAGGGAGAAUGUGAAGAAAAGGAAAAGGAUACUAACGCUGAGAUCCUUGUGGCUAAUUUUUCAAAUAUCUAUGCAUCGGACUUGUUGCCUACUAGGAAUGGUGAGGAAUUCACAGAUCAGUUCCUGCUUGAAGUGGUAGAAAUUCUCCUGAAUUAUAUUAAAAAAACCUAUGACGGGAAGAGCAAAGUUCUGGACUUUCAUUACCCCCAUCAGCUUCUGGAAGGCUUGGAAGGGUUCAGUUUGGAGCUGCGUGAUCAGCCAGAGCCUUUGGAACAGAUACUUGUUGACUGUAGGGAUACCUUAAAAUAUGGAGUUAAAACAGGACAUCCUCGCUACUUCAACCAACUCUCCAGUGGCCUUGACAUUGUUGGACUAGCUGGUGAAUGGCUGUCAGCUACUGCAAAUACAAACAUGUUUACAUAUGAAAUAGCUCCAGUGUUCGUUGUCAUGGAGGAGAUCCUUCUCAAGAAAAUGCAUGAAAUGGUUGGAUGGGGAGAAAUGGAAGCAGAUGGUAUAUUUUCUCCUGGUGGGACCAUCUCAAACCUCUACAGUGUUCUAGUGGCUCGUUAUAAGCGGUUUCCUGAGAUUAAAACCAAAGGCAUGGCAGCACUUCCACACAUUUCACUGUUUGUUUCUGAACAUAGCCAUUAUUCAAUAAAGAAAGCUGCAGCGGUCCUUGGAAUUGGGACAGAUAAUGUAAUUGCAGUAAAGUGUGAUGAAAGGGGGAAGAUGAUUCCAUCAGAUUUGGAGGCAAAAAUACUCAAAGUCAAGAGACAGGACCAUAUCCCACUGUAUGUCAGUGCCACAGCUGGUACAACAGUGUAUGGAGCCUUUGAUCCUCUUGACAACAUUGCUGACAUCUGCGAGAAGUAUGGACUCUGGAUGCAUGUGGAUGCAGCAUGGGGAGGUGGGCUGCUGAUGUCUAGGAAACAUUCUUUUAAACUUAAUGGCAUUGAAAGGGCCAAUUCUGUCACCUGGAAUCCACACAAAUUGAUGGGCGUUCCACUUCAGUGUUCUGCCUUCCUGGUCUGUGAAAAGGGUCUUCUGCAAGCCUGUAAUCAGAUGUGUGCUGGGUAUCUGUUCCAACCAGACAAACAGUAUGAUACAACUUAUGACACAGGGGACAAGACCAUUCAGUGUGGCCGGCAUGUUGAUGUCUUCAAACUUUGGCUAAUGUGGAAAGCUAAGGGCACUCGAGGCUUUGAGAUUCUUAUCAACAAAUCCCUUGAACUUGCUGAGUAUCUUUACAGGGAACUGAAUUCAAGAGAGAACUUUGAGCUUGUAUUUGAUGCCGAACCUGAACUCACCAAUGUGUGUUUCUGGUACAUUCCACCAAAUCUUAGAAGAAUACCAAAUGGGCCAGAACGAGAGAAAUUGCUUCAUCAGGUUGCUCCAAAAAUAAAAACACGGAUGAUAGAAGAAGGAACGACGAUGGUUAGCUACCAGCCACAUGGGGACAAAGUGAAUUUUUUCAGAAUGGUCUUUUCCAACCCAGCUACUAGGAAAUCAGACGUUGACUUCCUCCUUGAAGAAAUUGAAAGGCUUGGCAAGGAUUUGUGAUGACUGAUGCUGCACUUUGAAAUGGGCUCAGUUUUGUUCUGGUAUAGUGGGCACCAUUAAAAAAUGUUACAUUUGCUACUCCAUGUUAGUUUAAUUUAUGAUGGCACUUCCUGUUCUAAGGAUAGGAAGAUACUGCAGUUACUGGAGGUACCUAGAGUAAUGAAAUCUCAACUUUUUUUAAUGGAACUCCCUUUAGACAUGUGAUCUCAUCAUUUCACAGGGCUUGAGAGUCAUUGUAUACAUCAGG